AUGAUGAUGAUGAUCAUGGACAUGCUUAAUGCCAGUAACUUGGCUACUUUGGUUUGUUGGUGUUUGUUCUUCAGCAGGAUGAUGGGUGUUUUGGACAUUUCAAAUGAGAGAGGAAUGUUUGGAAAACCUAAUUUCGCCCUCACUGACCGGACUUCAGGUACGGAUCUACCUUCAGUGAGUUCGUCGCCACCUACUAACCUUCAACUAAUCUCCGAUCGACGCCUACUAAUCGUUCAAUUGAUUUCAAUUUGUGCUUACAGGUCUCGCCAUCCAUCUCCUGCUGCCAUUUUCUUUUAUGACUUUUAUUUUGUCUACUUGCUACCUUUUUCUCCAUCUGAGUUACCUUCACUAGAUGCUCCCCAAAAGGCCAGAGGGAUCAAAAAAUGGCUGAUUUGGAGGCAUUGCCAAACGGGAAGUGGUUUUGCUUCACAGAUUGAGAAGCAAAAGGAUAAGGAGGAGGAGGGGGACAAGGACAAAAAUGUAAUUUCUAAAAUGAAAUUUGAUCUUUUAAGUGAGAAGAAUGCUACCCAUGAAACCAGACCCAUGCUUACACAAACAAUUGAGGUUGUUUGCAACCAUGAGGCUCUUUAA